AUGCCUCGGACCUUUGGAGGUGACGGAGUCCCACCUCUAACUGACAAAUCAGGGACUCCUAAGAUACGACUUGGCAAACAAAUGGUAAUGAGAUGGGGAGCUAUUAAUAUCAGUGGGGGCUACUCUGGGAAGAAGGUAGAGCUGGCAGAGGCUGCAAGUAAGAUGGGGCUGGACGUUUUAGCUGUUAAUGACAUUCGGGUAAGGGGUGAGAAAGAAGAGGAAGUGGGAGAAUACAAGGUCUACCUGUCAGGAGUCAAAGCAGGAAUAGCACAAUGGGGUGUAGGGCUUUACAUCAGGAAAGAAAUGGAACCCAGCGUAGUUGCAAUAUGGUAUGUAAACGAACGACUGAUGUGGAUAGAUUUGACAGUGUCUAGCAAGAAAAUUAGGAUUGUGCCAGUAUAUUCGCAUUGUGAAGGGACAGAUCAAGAUAAGAUGGAUAGUUUUUAUGAGGCACUCUGUGAUGUAGUUGUUAGAGUAAAGGACAAGGACAGUGUUCUGCUCAUGGGUGAUUUUAACGCCAGGAUUGGAAAUCGAACAGAAGGGUAUGAAAAGGUUAUGGGUAAAUUUGGAGAGGAUAUGGAGGCCAACAGGAACGGGAAACAACUCUUGGAUUUCUGUGCCAGUAUGGGCUUAGUAAUCACAAACUCCUUUUUUAAACAUAAGAACAUUCACCGGUAUACUUGGGAAGGCAGGGGAACCAGAUCUGUCAUUGACUAUACAAUAACAGAUCAGGAAUUCAGGAAGGCUGUGAGGGACACACGUGUAUUCAGGGGAUUCUUUGAUGACACUGAUCAUUAUUUAAUCUGCAGUGAAAUUGGGAUUUUGAGGCCGAAAGUGCAGGAGGGUGAGACAUGGGAGAUGGACAGUUUUGAACUGCAUAGUACUGAGGGUGUGUUGGUGGGAGGUGAUAGUGGUGGGGAUAGUUCUGAUCCACACAAGACGCCAUUUCAUUUACUCAGUCACUAUGGAGCAGUGGGACUUGCAACGUCGAGUGUUUGUCUAUGA